CUGUCCCCAUGACAUAUGGGCCCCACUGGUCAGCCACGGGGCAUAGACCCCAAUCCCGUGCUUCUCUUGGGCGUGCUCCGCCGCCACGAGCGAGAGAGGGAGAAGAGGGAGUCAAAGAGGAAGCGAGAGAUGAGCCUGCAGAUUCCGGCGAGAUCGGGCGCCCUCCGCCGCCUCCUUCUCCUGAGCGGCGCCGGGGGGCUCCCGCGCCUCUACUCCACGGGGGACCGCCGCCGGCGUGUGAUCCGCGAGGCGCAGCAGGAUGAGGAGGACGAGGCGUUCCUCCGCACUCUCAACUUCGGCGCCGACCCCGAGAACAACCCCCUUCCCCCGGCGCCGAGGCGCGGCAGGGGAGGGCCUGACGCCUCAGCUUCCGCCGGUAGGCAGCCGCAGCCGCAGCAGGAGCGGCCCGAGCGGAGCGCUCAGAAGGCCGUCGGCGAGACGCUGCUGGAGAAGCUUAAGCUGGGCGAUGGCCCCUCUGCCGCCGCCGCUAUAAAGGGAGGCGGCGCCGAGCGGAAGCAGCCUGAGGACGAGGCGGCGCCGGCGCAGCCGGUGGACGUGGACGAGAUCCUCCGGAAGAUGAAGGAGACCGGGCUGAUCCCCAACGCCGUGUCGAUGCUCGACGGGCUGUGCAAGAACGGGUUGGUGCAGGACGCCAUGAAGCUGUUCGGCUUAAUGCGGGAGAAGGGCGCCAUCCCAGAGGUUGUCAUCUACACGGCUGUUGUCGAAGCCUUCUGCAAGGCGGCCAAGCUUGACGACGCUGUGAGGAUCUUCAGGAAGAUGCAGGGGAAUGGGGUCAUCCCCAACGCAUUCAGCUACUGGCUCCUGAUACAGGGGCUGUACAAAGGGGGCAGGCUGGAUGAUGCGAUUGGGUUCUGUGUGGAGAUGUUUGAGGCAGGGCUUGCGCCGAAUGCUGAGACAUUUGUGGGCUUGGUUGAUGCGGUGUGCAAGAUGAAGGGGGUGGAUGAGGGUGAGAAGCUUGUGCGGAGCUUCCAGGAUAGGAACUUUGCUAUUGAUGAGAAGUCGAUACGGGAGCACCUUGACAAGAAAGGCCCGUUCUCACCAGUGGUGUGGGAGGUGAUCUUUGGGAAGAGGAAAUCAGGCCGACCUUUUUGAUAUCUGCCAGAAAGUAGUAGUGCACAUUCUCAUCAUUCUGUUAGCCUUGCAGUGAUGAUUCCCCAAGAGUUAGCUUGCUUCCGUGGUUAAAACAAAAUGGCUACCAUGUCAUUUUAUAUGGAAUCAGCCAUUGUGGAGAUCUGUAUGCACUUUUGUUACAUGCAAUUUAGCACCAUUUAUUCAACUGCCCCCAUAAAGGCGUAUUUACUGCAUUUUCCAAUUGAUUUGUUAUGUUGUUUCUACUUGAAGACAAUGAGUUGCUAUUUGCACAGUAUUUUGACUAUUGGCAUCUA